UUUCACCGGGUUAGCCAAGAUGGUCUCGAUUUCCUGACCUCGUGAUCCGCCCGCCUCGGCCUCCCAAAGUGCUGGGAUUGCAGGCGUGAGCCACGGCGCUCGGCCAUUCCCAUUGCUAUGUAUACUUUGCUAUUUGCUGCUGGUGAGACAGAUAAGGAGUCAGGUCUUUAACUGCACUUGAGUUUCCAGUGACCCCAUUAAAUCCAAUGGGUAAAUUUUCCCACGCAGAUUACUCACCCAGUUUACAGAUUAAGCUUUCAUAUCCUUAGAUUGUAUCUGAAAUCUUCAUAGCUUUGCCCACCUUUUAGGGUUCAGAGUUACUACCCAUUCAGUGUCGGUGGCCCUUAGCUGUUGGCAAGCUUCCAAGUAAAUAGCUCUUUUGUAGAGAUCUCUACCCAUUCUAUUCUUCCACUCCUGGGUAGUGGAGAACCAAAGUUCACCUGAGUAAUGCGCGUGCCCAGCACCCAGUUUCCUGCAGGGGUUAGCACGGAUAUUGGAGGCUCCCCCGACCCCACAGAUACUCGGGAUGGGCAUUGGAGGGGGCUUGGUUUUUAAGAGGACAUGUGAAAGUAAUUAACCCGAUUUACAUUUGUAUAAUGAGUCCAAACACCACCUUGCAAAAGAACUGAGAGUUCAGCCUGCUUAAUGGAGUUUCUGCUUUUCACGGUCCUUGGCCUUACCGACGGUUUACAGUCCAGCCAGAUUUAGUUCACAAAAAACCAAAACCAGGUCGACCUCACUGCAGUAUAUGAUGGCAGCGAGCGUUUUAAAGCGCAGGACCUUUAGUCUCCUCAAUAGUUUUAUCUAAAGUUGUCCAAAAGUGUUUUUUUUAAAGUAAGGUGAUCCAGUCGGUAAACGCUUUGAAAAAGAAUAGCUGUCCCCUGAGCGGGCAUUAGUCGCGUGUGAGGUCAGUGCCCAUCAUUGCGCGUGUUCGGAGCGCCGCGCUGGUCUGUGAGCGAGCGCCUCGGCUUGUGGCUAGGCCGAGCCGGGGCGGGGCUGUCUUCCCGCGGAGCGUGCUGGGGGCGGGUCGCGCCGGGCCGGGCCGCUAGUGCGCAUGGGCGGGCGUCCUCGGCUCUUAACUGCCGGCAGUUUCCACACGCUGGGAGGGCCGUUACCUCAGAGAUACCCGUGGCCGGCAUGUUGGUUGAAAAAGCUUCCCGGAAGGGAGACGAAGAGAAAGGAGAGGAGCAGCUCGUGAACAUCCCCGGUAGCGAGUAGGCGGCGGCGGAGGGAGCGCCGAUGAAGAUGGAUGUGACAGUGAGGGCCGCGGGCUGCUCCGACGACCUCAGCUCUGGGGAGGCCGACAUAGACCCAAAGCUCCUGGAGCUCACCGCUGACGAGGAGAAGUGCCGCAGCAUCCGCAGGCAGUACCGGCAGCUCAUGUACUGCGUGCGGCAGAAGCGGGAGGAUAUCGUGAGCUCGGCGAACAACUCCUUAACCGAGGCUCUGGAGGAAGCCAAUGUCCUCUUUGAUGGCGUGAGCCGAACGAGAGAAGCAGCCCUCGACGCCCGGUUUCUUGUUAUGGCUUCUGAUUUGGGUAAAGAAAAGGCAAAGCAGUUAAACUCAGAUAUGAACUUCUUUAAUCAGUUAGCAUUUUGUGACUUUCUGUUUCUGUUCGUGGGUCUGAAUUGGAUGGAAGGCGAUCCUGACAAGUUGAGUGAUUGUGAUGAUAGCAUAGCUCUUUCCUUCUGGAAGGCAAUAGAAAAGGAAGCAACAUCCUGGACGGUAAAAGCUGAGACAUUCCAUUUUGUUUUUGGUUCAUUCACGCUAGAACGUUCUGCACCAAAGCCCCGACUUGAACACCAGAAAAAAGUUCGCAAGAUGGAAGAAAAUGGCAACAUGCCUACAAAGUUGCGGAAGUUGGACCUGAGUAGUUAUCCAGAAGCGACAGAAAAAAACGUAGAAAGGAUUUUGGGAUUGUUGCAAACCUACUUUCGAAAGUAUCCUGAUACUCCUGUGUCCUAUUUUGAGUUUGUGAUUGAUCCACACUCUUUUUCUCGUACUGUGGAGAAUAUAUUUUAUGUUUCUUUUAUUGUAAGAGAUGGUUUUGCAAGAAUAAGGCUUGAUGAAGACAGGCUGCCAAUAUUAGAGCCGAUGAAUGUUAACCAAAUGGGUGAGGGAAAUGAUUCCAGUUGCCAUGGCAGGAAACAGGGAGUUAUAUCUUUGACUUUACAGGAGUGGAAAAACAUUGUGGCAGCUUUUGAAAUUUCUGAGGCUAUGAUUACAUACUCCUCAUACUAAAGAUUUCUUAGUAUAGGAUCCUUCUUGUGUUUUUUUCUGAAGUUAUCUCAGAUGGAGAGUAAAAUGUAAACUGAAGCACAUAUUGUAUCUCUUGUAAAGUGAAAAAGUAUUUUCAAGAACAUCAGACAUUGUUUUACUGUGCAGCAUAUUUUUCUUAGUAAUUUAUAAGGUCAUGAUCUUCUGUUAUUAAAUUCACUGGCAUAUUUAUGGGAGCGUUUUAUUGAAUGCCCUGUAAGACUAUUAAUAAAAACAAGUUUUGGAUACCAAA